CGGAGCCACACGCGUCACCCUCUCGUUUGGCCUCUCCCACCACCAUCCAUUCCGUCUCUCUCUCGUUCUCUUUAUCAACGCUCACUCUCCCUCUUCCUCUUCCUCUUCUCGAGUCCCAUCGUCCUAUUCCCCGACAACUACAGACAUGGUUUCCUUCGAGGUCUCCCGCGUUCCCACCUCUCCCUUCGAUGGCCAGAAACCGGGCACCUCUGGCCUCCGCAAGAAGGUAAAAGUGUUCAUGCAACCCCAUUACCUGCAAAAUUUUGUCCAGGCUACAUUCAUUGCUCUUACUCCAGAGAAUGUCAAAGGUGCAACACUUGUCGUUUCUGGUGAUGGUCGUUAUUUCUCAAAGGACGCUAUUCAGAUCAUAAUUAAGAUGGCAGCUGCUAAUGGUGCAAGACGUGUAUGGGUUGGUCAGAAUGGAUUGCUAUCAACCCCAGCCGUAUCAGCUGUGAUACGUGAAAGAGUGGGCGCUGAUGGAUCCAAAGCAACGGGAGCAUUUAUAUUAACAGCAAGUCACAAUCCUGGUGGCCCUACUGAGGACUUCGGAAUUAAAUACAAUAUGGGAAAUGGUGGACCUGCUCCUGAGUCAAUCACCGAUAAGAUCUACGAGAAUACAAAAACAAUCAACGAGUACCUUAUAGCUGAAGAUCUACCCAAUGUCGAUAUUUCUGUUGUUGGUCUAACCAGCUUUGAGGGACCAGAAGGGAAAUUUGAUGUUGAUGUUUUUGAUUCUGCGGAUGACUAUGUGAAUCUAAUGAAGUCAAUAUUUGACUUUGACUCUAUCCGGAAACUGCUUUCGUCUCCAAAAUUUACAUUCUGCUACGAUGCAUUACAUGGAGUUGCUGGAGCUUAUGCACACCGCAUCUUUGUAGAGGAACUUGGUGCUCAAGAAAGUUCAUUAUUGAAUUGCACACCAAAGGAAGACUUUGGAGGAGGGCAUCCGGAUCCCAAUCUGACCUAUGCUAAGGAGCUCGUGGAACGCAUGGGAUUGGGUAAAUCUGAUACUGGAGUUGAGCCUCCGGAGUUUGGUGCUGCUGCUGACGGUGAUGCGGAUCGUAACAUGAUCCUUGGAAAAAGGUUCUUCGUUACCCCUUCGGAUUCUGUUGCCAUAAUCGCUGCCAAUGCUGUUGGGGCCAUACCAUACUUCAGCUCUGGUUUAAAAGGUGUUGCAAGGAGCAUGCCGACCUCAGCUGCCCUUGAUGUUGUUGCCAAAAGCUUGAACUUGAAAUUCUUUGAGGUUCCGACAGGUUGGAAAUUUUUUGGUAAUCUGAUGGAUGCCGGGAUGUGCUCGGUCUGUGGUGAAGAAAGUUUCGGAACUGGAUCGGAUCAUAUCCGUGAGAAAGAUGGGAUCUGGGCUGUUCUUGCUUGGCUCUCCAUCCUUGCUCACAGAAACAAGGAAAACCUUGGCGGAGACUCAAAGCUAGUAUCAGUUGAAGAUAUCGUCCGGCAGCACUGGGCUACCUAUGGCCGACACUAUUACACUCGAUACGACUAUGAGAAUGUGGACGCAGCUGCAGCUAAGGAACUCAUGGCAUACUUGGUCAAAUUGCAAUCAUCUCUCCCUGAAGUCCACGAAAUUGUGAAGGGAAUUCGUUCAGAUGUGGCAAAUGUCUCCCAAGCUGAUGAAUUUGAAUACAAGGAUCCAGUUGAUGGUUCCAUCUCAAAGCACCAGGGCAUCCGCUACUUGUUCGAGGAUGGAUCACGGCUUGUUUUCCGUCUAUCCGGAACCGGGUCGGAAGGAGCAACCAUCCGACUCUACAUUGAACAGUACGAGAAGGAUGCCUCAAAAAUUGGCCGAGAUUCGCAGGAAGCUCUCGCUCCACUGGUGGAUGUGGCUCUGAAGCUUUCGAAGAUGCAGGAGUUCACCGGACGAUCAGCCCCCACCGUCAUUACAUAGAACAGUAUUUGAGACAGAUGCCCAAACUGAGUUAUCUCUCUCGCUCUCUCUAAGUACUUUCCUGUUCCGACUUCCCUACUUCUAAAUAAUAAUAGCUUCAGAGAGAGACAGCAGUUUCGACUGCUUCAACAGUUUCCUGAGUUGUCAGGUUUCACUUGUGUGGUUUCCGAGGCUUUCUUCUUAUUUUCCUCUUCUUAUCAUAUGUGUCGAGUUUUUGUCAUGUCUGUAAGGGAAGUCGUCUUUUGAGUUUGUUUAUGUGUUAUGCGGUUGCUAAGAUGGUGUUAGCCUACCGAGAAGAGUUAUAACUUAUAUAUUCA